ACCAAACGUUUCAGAGACUUUGACGUCCUCACCUUAGAAGUGGACGAACACCGGAGAACUCUCAAAAAUGAGGUUCUUUGCAGUCCUCCGUUGCUCCAGGAUAUCCAAAUCCAGUGUUAAUAUGACAGAAUUUAUGAAAAAUUUUCCAGCAGAAGUAGCACCUAAAGCGAAAGAGUUAGCAGUGUUAAACCAAGGAUUAUCUGGAGCCUUAACAAACAAACCUGACACCAAGCCAACUGUGGAUUUUGAUUAUUACAAAAGCAGGAUACCCGACAAAGCCUUUGUUGAUAAACUAGAGAAAUUUUACACUUCGGCCACUAUUCCUUACCCCAAUGACCCCGACAAUAAGAAGGUUACAUUGGAGGAGGAGAAAAGGAAAAUUUCACAGAGUGGGGAAGACAUGGUUGAGGAAAUGGACUUGAUCAUUUUUGAAAAUGAUCUCAAGAUGAAGGCCAUCAACAGCCUACCUCCCAUGCAGCACAUGUCGCGGGAAAUGUUGUGUUACUACUUCCCGGAUGCCUCCAACAAUGACGAGAAGUCACCUGUAUCGGAGGGUAGGUUCUAUGGAAUCAGGUGGUUCCCUGGAUAUUCCUAUGGUUUCGACAGGUACCCUAAGUGGCAACUUGGAAACCGAUUCAACAAUGAAUGGGAAUUCUUUCCUCCCAAGGAAAUUAGCCAGAGAUGGGAAAAUCUGAACCUACAGUUCAAGAGAGAGGAACAGUUUCUGAUGGACGACUCCAAACCAGCUGAGAAAUAAUGUAGACAGUUCAUAACUCACAAAGUGUUUGCAAUUUCUGCUGUUUGUGAUUAGAGCAGAAAACCUGACUAGUGUGUUUCGUAUCACAUUCGGUCAUAUUGUAUUACAUAAUAAAUUCUGUUAAACUCAAA